AUGGAUGAGCGAAUGUCAGAAAAAUUAAGCAGGGCUGAAUCCAAUCUAAGCUUCCAUGCCAAUAUUAAUAACACAAACCUUUUGAAUGAGACAUAAGAAUUAAUUCCUAGUGCCUCUAAGAUUCCUCCACAAGCAUUAUGUGGUAUUUACGUAAUAUGUUAAUUAUUGCAACUAAUGAUUGGAUACUCCUUAGUUUAAAAUAUUGAUGCAAUUACAAUAGCUACAUAAAGAUGCAUCAUCAAAGUUAUAAUGACUUUGAUGUAUAUUUAAUUUUUUGACAAACGUCUUUUUCAUCUGGACUAAUCGUCCUUCAGAGUGAUAGGCGCUAUGGCAGGAUGUCAAGUCAUCGCUUCCUUAGUCGGAUUUUGGGCGAUGAUUUAUUUCCCAUUUUCAGAAAUUUGUGCUUUUCAUUAAUUGACUCCAGGAUAUAUAUAGGUCUUUAACCAUUUUCUUUAUUAAGCAGGAAAUUAACUAAAUUUGGUUAUUUCCUUGAUGCAAACUCUAUCAACUUUACUCUUUGGUCAAAACUUACUAUAUGUGUUCGUAUGCCUACUCUAACCAGCAUGUUUGGCAUUCUCUCAUGUGAUUAAAUUUCUGAUGAGUAAACAACUUCCUUUUUUCACUUUGAUGCUGUACUAAAGUCUUUUUGGUUUGCCAGUAUAUAUUCUACUCAAUCUGAUGGCCCAAGAAGUGUAAAAUAUAUUUUCUGGUGCAUAUUUUCUUGAAAUAACAUUCAUGACUAUUUUAUAGAUGGUUGGCUACAUAGCUUAAAAUGAAAUUUAAGCUUAGAAGACUAUAAAAAUGUGGAUCUUGCCUGGAGCAGUCACAAUAUUAUCGUUGUUUGUUCAAUUAGGAUACCAUUAAGUAGAUUUAAAUUAUGGUACUCUUUCUAUCAUUUUUAUUGUGUUUACAUCCAUUAACAAUGAGAAAUGA